AUGAAGCUAAGCUAAGUUGCACCGAUGCCAAUAAAAGUAGAUAUACAUCUAAUAGUAGCAAGAAGUUGAGGACUUCGAGAAUAGAGUAACCCUGAGAUUGUAUUUGGAGAAACUGCUGAGUCAGAAGUGGGGUCGCUAUUUAGACAUAUUUUCUGGAUUCAUUAGUUUGACAUCCUGCAUGAUCUAUUUGGGCACAACUUACUUUAGCAAUGUGGAUUGGUUGAGUACUAUAGACAUCAUAGUGUGUUCCCUUUAUUUAUUUGAAUACCUUUUAAAAACAUUUGCUGCUUAACACAGACUGCAAUACAUACUAGAAGUGAAUUCAGCAGUAGAAUUAUUUACAUUGAUGCCCUUGUUUAUAUUAUAGGAAUAAGAGAAUUGGGACUAUUUAACAAGAUUGAUAAACAUCUCCAGAGUGAUAAGAUUCCUGAGAGUGGUUAAGACGAUUUCUAAGUACUACCAAAUUGGUGACAAUGAAUUCGGUGGUGUUAAUAAAUAAAUUUACACAAUAUCCUUGACAAUUCUGACUUUGAUUAUUGUGACUGCAGGAGUAUUAUAAGCAUUUGAAUCUCCAAAGAGAAAGGAACUAAUUGCACUUGAUGAAGAAAAUCAGUGUGGAGCAUCAGUGGAUGAAUGUACCUUUCACGAGAUGGUGUACUUUACAGUGGUGACACUAGCCACAGUAGGUUAUGGAGAUGUAACUCCUUAGACAGAAGAAGGCAGAGUUUGUGUGAUUGUAUUGAUCAUCAUUGUGUUGGUCGUAAUUCCUAAACAGAUGAAUGAGUUGAUUAGACUGAUGGGAUUGCAAAGUGUAUAUGCAAGAGCAUUCUAUAAGUGGAAUCCAGAAGUUCCACACAUCAUAAUUUGUGGACAUGUAAGUGUUGCAGCCCUGAGAAACUUUUGUAGUGAGCUUUUUCAUCAAGAUCAUGGCAGUCAAGAUAAGAAUGCUAUCAUUAUGAGGUUGACUAAACCUAAUACUGAGAUGGAGAUCUUCUUGCACAAUCCAAAAUAUGAGUUAUUCUUGACUUAUCUAUAAGGCAGUCCUAUGGUUGAUAGAGAUCUCAAAAGAGCUGCAGCUACAUAAGCUAAGGCUUGCGUGAUAUUGACCAAUAAGCAAAUAGUUAAUAGUCAAUCCUCAGAUCAUAAGAAUAUAUUGAUUGGAUUAUAAAUCAAAAAGUAUGUUAAUCAUAUCACUGGUGGAAAUAUACGUCUAUGUAUGCAAUUGAUCAAACCAGAAAGCAAGUUGAAUUAUAGACAAGCUCUAGGUUUGAAGGUCAUAACAGAUUAGAUAAUCUCUGUCGAAGAAUUUAAGAUGAAUCUUUUAGCUAAAUCUUGUUUCUGUCCUGGUAUAAUUGCAUUAAUUGGCAAUCUGAUUACAUCUGCAGGAGAGCAAGAAGGUGAUAUGGAAUAUGAAUGGUUAAAUGAAUAUACUAAGGGAAUGGGACAUGAAAUAUAUAGGACAGAUCUAAGCUUUAAAUUUCAAGGCAAAAGUUUUAGUGAAGUAGCCACAAUAGUUUACAAUGAGUUUAAAGGUAUAUUGUUUGGCAUAGAAUUUGACAUUGGCAAAUACACUAUAAUUCGAUUGAAUCCUGGAAGUUACAUCAUUCCUAACACAACAGAAGCUAAUGUUCAUGCAUAUAUCAUUUGUGAAGACAAAAAGGUUGCUGAUUAAGUGGCUACUUAUGAGAUGACUACCGAAGAAAUUGCUAAUUACCAUUAUCAGUUAUUGUAAAAAUCCAAGUAAAAAGAAAAACUGCCAGAUGAUGAAGAAGAAGAGAAAUUUGAUGAUCCUCUUCUUUAUGGAAAAGAUUCUAUCGAAGAAGCUGAAAUGUUAGAAUAAGAUUAUGUUCUUGACCCUGAACCUAUUUCCUUAAUGACCGUUACUCCAACAUCCUUACAAGACUCAACCGAAAUCACCAAUCAUAUUGUUGUUUGUGGAAUCCAUCCAUCUAUCUAUUACUUCUUACUAGCCCUCAGAGCUAAGUAUCUUAAAGAACUUCAAUUUGUUGUGAUUUUAGCUCCUGAAUAACCAACCAAAUAAUGGGAAUACAUUAACAGAUUUCCCAAGGUUAGAUUUAUCAAGGGAUCACCUUUAACAUCCGAUGGGUUAUUAAGAGCUAACAUUAACUUUGCUGAUAAGGCAGUCAUUUUCGCUUAAGGUUCAGAUUAAUCAAUCGAUGAAGUCGGGGAUGCAAUAGAUGAGAUGCACGAUGCAGAAUCCAUAUUCAUUUACAAGGCCAUUAAAAAACUCAACCCAUCCAUAUAAAUUAUGAUUGAGCUUGUCUACAGUUCUAAUAUAGAAUUCCUACUUGAAAAAGAUUACCAAUAUUAAAAUGAGUUCAAAUAUGAAUUUGUAUUAUCUCCACAUUUAUAUUUUAUAGACUCCCCUCUAGGCUUCCGGAGAAGUCUAUAUUUCAGCCAUCAUAGAUACUCUUACUUGCUAAGCCUACUUCAAUCCACACAUUGUGACUAUUCUAUAGUAAAUCCUAACUGGUUAGAGAUAGUCGACUCAAGUCAUAAGAGCUAUUUGCGAACAUGCUGACCUUAAAGACUCCAAUCUAUAUUAAGUCCCUGUCCCAGAAGAUUAUCUCGUAAAUUUUAAUUCGAUAAUUUACUUUAGAAUAAAACCUUUGGAGAACUAUUUAAUUACUUAUCUACAGAAAGGCAUCUUAUUCCUCUUGGGUUGUAUAGAAUGGCUGGAGCUGUUGAUAACAAACAUCCCUAUGUUUACACUAACCCUCCUUCAGAAACUAAAUUGACUCACAGGGAUAAGGUCUUCGUCUUAGCCCAUUAGUUACCUGCCGAUUUAACUGGAGGAAGCAAUCUUGAUUUAAAGGCAAUGUAAAUGGAAGGAAAAUAGCUUGAUAUUGAAAAUGAAAAUAAGGGACUCAUUCAAGACAAAUUUAAAAAUCAAAUUUAAAAUGGAAUGCAAAAGACUUUAAGUAAAUUUCUAUUGAAUUUUAGUUAAACAGAAAAAUGAUAAAAUGGUUGUAUUUUCAGGUGUCAGUAAAAGUCAUAAGAUUUUGGAUCUUGACAAUCUCAAUGUUAGUAAGUCAAUUAACUUAUCUUUAGAUUCCACUACCUUUACAAUGUUGGAUUAGAUUAACGAGACCAUAUCAUUGAUUAAAGAAUAAAUACAAUCUGUUUAAACUAAUCUUUUAUUACAGGAGGACGAAAUCGUGGAGAAAUGUAGAACUGCUGUUAGAUACGAAUUAACAACUUUGAUUUAAUGA